AUAUGCAUUCAGAGGUCAACGGUGAGUGGCAUUUGUACUCGGAAUAUCACGUAGAUCAUGGUUAAGAUUCAGCCGAAAACAUGUUUUUAAUAUAACUUAUUUAAAAGAAAGUUAUAUCAUUUCUGAGUAUUAUUUGGGAACAACCUAGAUUUUCUUUUUAUAAAUGAAGUAGAAGAGUUCUGGAAAACUGAAGCUUAAACACAAUUGGGAAAAUGUUUUCUAUGAUCAAAAUGGCUCAAAAAGGUACUCAUACAUAUUUGAAUAAACAUUCGGCAGCUUCGUGAAUAACUCAUCUGAUUCCUCCAUUCGUUUUAAUGCAAUCCAAUCAUUUUACGUUAUUUUUGCGAUUACUUUCCAACUUAACGAAGGCGCCCAGUGCCUCCGGGUUGGCUACCCGCCCUACUUUCACUGCAUCUCGUGUCCAAUGGGCCACGAAGUGAACGGUACCAGCUGCCAGGAUAUGAAUGAGUGCCUGCUCUACGAUCCUUGCGACGAGCUCACGACCUGCACCAAUCUUAGUCCUGGCUUCCAGUGCAGCCCGUGUCCCGUUGGCUUCGAUGGCAUCCACGGCCAUGGCUACUUCGCCGACUACUACUCCGUGGAUUAUCGCAGGCAGACGUGCCUGGACGUCGAUGAGUGCCGAACUGGGUUCUUUCGAUGCCCGGAGCAUUCCACUUGCAUAAACGAGAUUGGUUCCUACAGGUGCCAGUGCCACGAAGGAUAUGUAACGAACGGCACCUACAGCUGCCUGGACAGAUCCUCGGUGUCCAUGUGCCCAGAUGGUAGCGUUUGUGACCGCAAUGCCGUGUGCCUGCGGAUGGAUAACGUGCGCCACAAGUGCCACUGCAAUGUGGGAUGGGCGGGCAACGGAUUGAUCUGCGGCAGGGACACCGACGUGGAUGGAUGGCCGGAUCAGGCAAUCGGUUGUCCAGAGCUGCACUGCCAGCGGGACAAUUGUCCGCGGUUGCCCAACUCGGGCCAGGAGGACGCAGAUCUGGAUGGAUAUGGUGAUGGGUGCGACGACGACGCCGAUGGUGACAAUGUCCAGAACAGCCAGGACAACUGCUGGCUCGCCUACAACACCGAGCAGCUGGACUCGGAUGGGGACAAAGUGGGCGAUGUGUGUGACAACUGCGUGCUCAAGUACAAUCCCAGGCAGCUGGAUACGGACGAGGAUGGACUGGGGGACGAGUGCGAUGGGGACAUCGACAACGACUCCAUACCAAACGAGUUGGACAACUGCCCGCUGCUGCCGAAUCCUAGUCAGUCGGAUGUGGACAACGAUGGUGUGGGCGAUGGCUGCGACAACUGCCCGAAUCUCCCGAAUCCCGACCAGAAGGAUCGCGACAUGGACUUUGUGGGCGAUGCCUGUCACAGGGACAUCGACGGGGAUGACGAUGGAGUUCCAAACUCACUGGACAACUGCCCAAUGGUCAGCAACUCGAACCAGCUUGAUACUGACGGCGAUGGAACGGGCGACGAGUGCGAUGAUGACAUGGACGGCGAUGGCAUACCCAACUACAAGGACAACUGUCCGCUGGCCAAGAACCCCAAGCAGGAGGACUACAAUCGCAAUGGCAAGGGUGACUCUUGCGAGGAUGACGAAGACGUAGAUGGGGUGCCAAAUGCCAUGGACAACUGUCCGAACAACUCGAUGAUUCAUCACACGGACUUCCGCACUCUCCAAACGAUUCCCCUGGAUCCCAAGGGUCUAUCCCAAGCGGAUCCCAAUUGGGUGGUGCACGCAAAUGGCACCGAGAUUGUCCAGACGCUCAACUCGGAUCCGGGUCUAGCAGUGGGCAAAGACGCCUUCGGAGGCGUCGACUUCGACGGCACCUUCUACAUCAACGAUGACACGGACGACGACUACGCCGGCUUUGUGUUUAGCUACCAGAGCAGCUACAAGUACUACGUGGUUCAGUGGAAGAAGGGCACCCAAACCUACUGGGAGCCACGACCAUUCACCGCCUCCGCGGCGCCGGGCAUUCAGAUAAAGUUGGUCAACAGCACCGAGGGUCCGGGGCCAAUGAUGAGGAACAGCCUGUGGCACGAGGGAAACACCGACGGAGAGGCCAGGCUGCUGUGGAAGGAUCCAAAGAACAUUGCCUGGAAGGAAAGGACCUCCUACCGCUGGUCCCUGGUGCAUCGACCGGCCAUCGGCCUCAUCCGCCUGCAAAUGCACGAGGGCAACCGCCUGAUCUUCGACUCGGGCAACGUGUUUGACUCCACGCUGAAGGGCGGUCGGCUGGGCGUGUUCUGCUUUUCGCAGAGGAUGAUUAUAUGGUCCAACCUGCAGUACAAGUGCAAUAAUCGUGUGAAGCCCCUGAUCUACAAUGAUCUGUCUGACUAUCUCAAGACGAAGGUGGAGUUGCAGGACUGAAGGGAAACCCACUCCUCACAGCCAUAAAGCCUUUUCUGCCAUCAAUUUUAACCAAAUUACGUAUUAAUGCUACCACUUAGUUAAUAAAUGAGUUGCCAACCCA